AUGUUUGCCGAAAGAAUCCGGGCCAAAAAGGCCAGUAUCAAGCAAGCCUUCUCGAGUCCCAAGGCCUUCCUGUCCGCCAUCGAGACCAAGGAAUCCGCUCAGGGCCGUCUGGAAAAUCGCAACCCUUGGAUGAAUGAGGACCUGGACAUAAGUCCUAUGCGAAACUGGACGUGGGGGUGGUGGGAUUAUGCAGCGUUCUGGUGGUCAUACGGCUUCUCAACAGGUGUGUGGACAGCCGGAUCAUCCCUAGUAACGCUGGGAAUGACAUGGUGGCAGGCCGUCUUAUGCAUCUUCAUCUCUCACCUCCUGGGCGCCAUAGGCAUGGUGAUGCACUCCCGGUCCUCGUCAGUCUACCACUUUGGCUUCCCCGUCGCGUGCCGUAUUCCCUGGGGUCUGAGAGGAGCUUACUUCCCCGUCGUGGUGCGCGUGCUCGUGGGCACCAUCUGGGUGGGCGUGCAGAUCGUUCAGGGAGGUUACUUCACCGCCGUGCUGUUCCGCGCCGUGUUUGGCAGGUCGUUUGCCGACCUGGCGAGUACGAUUCCGGCGUCGAGCGACAUCACUGUGCAGGAGCUGGUGGGCAUCCUGGUGUUUUGGAUCACGACUCUCCCCCUGCUCAGCGUUCCCAUCCCAAGAGUCCGCCUCCUCUUCACCAUCAAAUCCGUCGUCCUGCCACCUAUAGCCAUAGGUCUAUUCAUAUUCUGCAUGCUCCAGAGUCGUGGUAGUCACCUCGCUUCUUCUCCUCCUUCCGUCGGCUCGUCUGGCGACGGCAACGGCGGCGGCACGACUCUCCUCAAGGGCUCAUCCCUCGCCUGGGCGAUGGUGGGCGGGAUCAACUCCGUCAUGGGCAAGACGAGCACCGGCAUAGUCAACCAGCCCGACCUGGCGCGGUACGCGCGCACCAGGACGGCCCCGAUGUGGUCGCAGCUCGUGGCCCUCCCCGUGGGCAACACGCUGUGCGCGACUCUGGGCGUGCUGGCCGCGAGCUCCGUCCGCGCCGGGUGGGGGGAGCUCAUCUGGAAUCCGUGGGAGCUGUGCGGUGCUAUACUUGACAGGCACUGGAGUCAUGGGAGUCGCGCGGCCGUCGCUGUCGUCUCUCUGGGCUUCAUAUUAUCCAUCAUGGGCUCGAAUCUUGGGGCAAACGUCAUCCCUUGGGGCGCCGACACGACAACGCUCCUCCCACGCCUCAUCAACAUCAGACGCGGCAUGUACGCGUCCUACAUCCUCGGCCUGGCCAUAUGCCCGUGGCGCAUCCUCAGCAGCUCAACCGCCUUCCUCCAGUUCCUGGGCGGAUACAGCAUCUUCCUCGGCCCGCUGGUGGGUAUCUUCCUGACGGACUACCUCGUCUGCAGAAGGGGCAACAUCUAUCUCCGCGAUCUGUACAGCCCGGAGGGACGGUACUGGUACGGCAACGGUAGCGGCAGCGGUCACGUCUGGAGUGGCGGAGUCCACUGGCGUGCCGUCGUUGCCUACGUCGUCGCCGUCGUGCCUCCCGUACCGGGAUUCGUCGGCACCUUUGGCCUCGAUGUCGGCGGCGGAGGCUUGCACGUCUACCAGGUCGGAUGGCUGCUCACCUGCACCCUCAGCAGCGUCGUCUAUUUCGGGCUCAUGUUCGUCCGCGACGGCGGGGUCUUCUGUGCGGAGGAGAGGGAGAUGGCCUUUGAGGCUAUCAGCCAUGCGCAGGUCGAGUCGUUUCUGGGCCUGCAGCGAGAUGGACGACGGUCCACUAGCCAGGCUGCCGUCGCUGUUGACCCUCUUUCCAAGACGACUUGUACGGGCGGUGGUAUCAUCGUCAGUCAUGCUGUAUGA